CCCUCCCCAUCCCCAUCCGCGCCGCCCGCCGCUCGCCGCCCCGUCCCCAUCUGCGCCGCCCGCCGUCGUCCAGCGAUGGCCCCUGCGGUACUGAUGAGCGCGGCGGCGACAGCCACCCUGAUAUCGACCUACGCCAACUACAUCACGUUGGGCGCAGGCGCUGGAGCCACCGCCGGCACGAUUGGAUGGACGGCGGUCAGCUAUUUCAGGAAGGUGCCGUGCCCUUCGUGCAUGACGAUGGUCAGGCUCCGUGACUACAUCGAUCAUGCCAAGGGGCACACAUUCCAGUGCCCGUCGUGCCAGGAGCACGUCGCAUUCUCUGAUCUGGAGAGGCACGCCCAGAGGCAUGGCUUUCGUUGCCCGGCUUGCUACGAGGAAGUCCAGCUCGCCGACCUCGGCCCUCACCUGGAUCGCCACAGGCGUGAGAAUGAGGAGAACAGGUUUAAGGAUUUGGAGGAGAGCGCAAGGCAAGGCGAACACUAUCUGGAAAGGGUGCGGGAGCUGAGCCGCGAAUACGAGCAAAGGAUGCUCAAGAUCCAGCGGGCUGAGGCCGACUUCAAUGAAGCUAAGGAGCGGGCCAAAUUGCUGUGGGCUCACUUGAAGGUCAACUGCUAUAUCUGCAAAGCACCGGUCUGCAUUGCUGAAAUCGAGUCUCGCGUUGCUCAGCACAGUCUUGGUUUAAAGACAAGCUCAAUCAGACGAGAUGAGCUGGCCAGCAUCAAAGGGAACACCGGGAUAAAGUCUAAGGACUCAAAGGUCAAAGCCCUGGUGAGUUCUUCUAUUUGAGCAAGCACAU